UCCGGUUAGCAGUUCUUGAAAGUUGCCAAGAAUUGUCGGGAGAUUGUUGUGGUAUUGAACGGAAAGUAUCCCGCCUUUCCUCUAUUACAAGCGGAAAUGACAAUCGUGAAACAAGAUUACUGAUUUUAAAUAAUUUUCUUUCAUUAGUAGCAAGCAUUUCACGAGGAAAAGAUACUUUUCGCAUCACGAUGAAGCAAGAAAUGUAGGCCUUUCCUAGACAUCUGGAUGGGAAAUGGUGCGCUCUCACAUUUAGGGGCAAAGUUUCAAGCACUUCAAUCUUUUCAUUUCCGCGAGAGAUCGAAAAAUACUUCACCCUUAGAGGAAAUCUACGUGCUUCAUGUCAACUCAACAGCCUGACAGCAAGCCAAGCGUGAACGCCGGAGUAAUGCCAGUUCACCAAAUUGUUGUUUCGCCUAUAACAGGUUUACUAGAAACUCACACUGUUACUAUCAGAGAAGUUGAUCAGGAGAAUGAACUGAAGAAGCAGGAAACAGUGGUGAGGUGUGCCUCUUCUUUGUCAUCAACAUCUUCCUCCAAUGAAAUAUGCCGCAUCUGUCAUUGUGAAGCAGAAAAGGAUGAUCCUCUAAUUUCUCCGUGUGUUUGUUCAGGUUCACUAAUGUAUGUACAUCAAGCUUGUUUACAGAAGUGGAUUAAAGCAAUUGAUACCAGAUCAUGUGAGCUUUGCAAAUUUGAGUUUCACAUUGAUGCUGAAAUGAAGCCAAUCAACAAGUGGCAAGCUCUUGAGAUGACCCAAGGUGAAAGGCGCAAAGUGUUGUGCUCAGUUUCCUUCCAUAUCAUUGCAAUCACCUGCAUUGUAUGGUCUCUGUGGGUGCUUAUUGAAAGAACAGCUGAUGAGAUCAACAAUGAGCAACUCAAGUGGCCAUUCUGGACAAAACUUGUUGUGGUUGCUAUUGGUUUUGCAGGUGGCCUUGUGUUCAUGUAUGUUCAGUGCAAGGUAUACUUUCAUCUGUUCAAAAGACUCAAAGCCCACAACCGUGUUAUCCUUGUGAAAAAUGCUCCAGCAGAUUCUAAAAUAGCUCACAAAUUAGCUCAAGCUACAGAAGCAACUUGAUUGUAUUUCACUGCUCAUUUUCUGCAAUGCUGUAGUUCAUUGUUUGCCCUAUUCAACCUGUAGAGCUAAUUGUUUUGCUUCUUCCUCUGUACACUUGUUGUGUAUAUAUAUGUAUUUAUUCUUGGUAAUGCUUGUCUUGUGCAUUCUAUUUAAUUAUUGAUACCUUUGUAUGUUGUAUAUUCUUUUCAUCCCUGUAAUUAAACAACAAGAGUCAUAAUUUAGAGAUUGUUGAAUUCAAAUGUGAUGUAGCAUCUCUGUUGUAUUAAAUUUUUAAUUUCUUGACAUGCUAAUUGCUUGCUAUGCAUAUUUACUAACUGAAUAGUUACCUCUUACAAAACGAUAAAAUUUUCUUAAAAAUUGUAUAAAUUUCCAAUAUUUACGUUAAUUGAUUUUAUUGAAAUGCAAAAUUUUUGGAUUGUUUUAACAGUCAAAUGUGUUGAUUCUGUCAAAGACCAAGAAUUAGGCUGGCAAAUAGUCAAGAUCCCAGCUUUUUGCUGUGCUGGUAGCAUAUGCAAUAUAAUUUAUUAAUCAUUUCACUGUUAAUGUGAUACCAUCAGGCUAUCCAAAGAACAAAGUCCUUCAAAGCUCAACAUUUGAUAAGAUAGUUUUACCUUCUUUGUAUCAGACAUCUUUUAUCUCUUGAAACCAAUUCAAAAUGACCUAGUUUCAAAAUCAAUCUUUCCUUUCCUUUUUCCAGUAAAUGUAUAAUCAGAGAUAAACUUUAUACAAUUUUCUUUAGGAACUUUGAAAAGAAAUACAACAUCUUCAAUUUUCGUGAUAUGUUUUAUCUUUGAAAACAACAGUGACUACUUUUUCUGUAAAAAAGUGUGUAGUGUAGUGAAAGUAAUCUCUUCAAUGUUGAGAUUUGCUGGUUCACAAAGAAAAUAGUAAAAAAUAUUUUUAAUAAAUUGUUUUAAUAAAUUAUUACCAGUUGAUAUCAAAGAAGUUUAAGACAGGGAAGUUUUGCAUAGUGGCAUUUACCUGGCACCAAGGGCUAGCAAUUGUUAGAAACAAAUGAUUUGUGAAGAUCAUUUUUCAUAACUUAUCAUUAGCCCAUAGCAUUUUUAAACCAACUAUUUGGACAUAUACCUUUAAAAAUUUAAUCUAGAAUUGGCAGCCUGGAUUCUUGAGAUUUCUUCUUUCCAUUUAACCAAUAGAUUAAAUACAAACCUCUUCCCUCAUAAAAGACACAAAACAAUAUGAUGUACAGUAAAAGUUGCCUUUGUAAUGAAAUUUGAUAACCAUUCAGCCACAGCUUGUUGAUGUCGAAUGUUAGGUAGAAUUAAGGACUGAUCGAAGGUUUGUGUAUUUAUUGUUAGUAAAUCGUGCUUCAUUUUUAGAAUCUAUAGUUAUUAAGCUGCUUGUAAUGUACCUAUGGUGUAAAUAUUGCCUCUUGAGAUUGUAAACAUUAUUUGGGUUAGGGUGAACAUUGUGUUUGUAUUGUGGGGUCUCCACUAAUGAAUUUAAUUUUGAUAAUUUUUUCUUUACCUUC